AUGCCACCUGCUGUGACAUACGGGGACGAUGCAUUUGGCGGCAGGGAAAACUUCCUGCCCCUGCAGCGUGAUGCGAUUGCCAUCAUAGGCAAGCGCAGCAAGAAAUUUCGCCGCCGACUGAACCACAGCGAGACACAUCGCAUUACUGGCUACGAAGUGAAGCCGGUGGUGCCGGCUGCUGCGCCGCCAAAGCCGCUGCCUGUCACAGCCAUUGACGUGGCGCGUGGUGGCACUGCCACCCUGCGCACCCAACAGCCCCACCAGUUCUCCGGCGCCAAGCAGCUGGUGACACUGGCAGGGCUGAGCGCCGAACUGGAUGGCUUCUAUGCAGUGGAGGGAGCUGACCAAAAAAAAGACCGCCACAAGCUUACGAUCAAGCUCCCAGCCACCGCCGGUGCAGUCGUUGCUGACUUCCUGCAGCAGGUGCAGGAGCAGCAGCAGCAGCAGCAAAUGCAGCAGGAUCAGGAGGAGGUGGAGCAGCAGGAGCAGGACCUGUUCACUGUCAGGGAGGAGUAUGUGCUGGACUCUGAGUACGUGCUGUACCACUUCGUGCUGACCGGGGAAGCUGAGGAGAUGCCAGCCGCACCCCAGCAGCAGCAGCAGCAGCAGCAGCAGCAGGUAGUCACAGCAGGAGUGCCUGCGCUGGCAGCAGAACUGCCGCCAGGCGUUUUCGAGCACAUGCCGCUGGUUGAGGGGGGCGGGCUUGCUGGGAUGAAUGGUCACUGGCAUUAUGAGGAUCUCUUUGGCGGGCAGGGCGGGCUGGGUGGAGGCCUCCCGGGAGCCAGCCUGCUGCUGACGCAGGCGGGGCAUGGGGCAGGGGCAGGCCCGGCCCUCAGCUCCCACGCCCAGGCAGCAGGUCCAGCCGGCAGCCAGCAGGGCCAGCAGGGCCAGCAGCAGCAGCAGGACCAGGCCGGCGGCGCAGCCAUGCACCUGCCUGGCAGCCCCGCGGCCAGCACCAGCGGCGAGCGCCACUCCGUGCCGCAGCCAUGGCCGCCGCCAGCUGCGGCUCCGGGGGAGCAUGCCCAGGCGGAGGGUCACUACUCCCUGCUCACUGUGGGAGGCCAGCAGCCGGUGGCGGGCCGCGGGGAGUAUGCAGGCAAGGCCCUGGUAGUGCAAGGCGACGCCCAGGUGCUUGGCGACAUGACGGUACGAGGCCUCCCGGUGGUGUCAGAUGCUAGCAUGAAGGAGGGGGUGCGGGCGUUUGAGCAGGGGGAGAAGGCGGUGGCCAUCGCCGCAGAGAUCACCACCUAUUUGUACCGCUACAAGGGCACCGACGCGCAGCGGCUAGGUGUGGUGGCGCAGCAGGUGCGAGCGGUGCUGGAGCAGCACGGAGCCACAGACAUGAACCUGGUCAGACAGGAUCCGCAGGGCGCACUCAGCGUCGACUACGGCGGGCUGCAGGUGCUGCUGCCGGCGGCGGUGCAGCAGCUGCUGGCAGACAGGCAGGAGCUGAAGAAGGCACAGAGCACGAUGCAGCUGACAGUGCUGGGGCAGAUGCAGGAGCUAGCAGAGGCGGUGAAGGUGCUGCAGCUGGCUGCGGUGGCCAGCAGCUGCUCCUCUUCCGAGACGGCGGCGGCGGCUAGUACUGCCAGCAGCAGCGCCAGCGGCAGCAGCGCCAUGCUGGCUGGGAUGGCAGGGGAGGAGGACCAGGAUGAGGCCAGCCUAGCCUUUCUGAUGGACGGCGGCGAUGUGGAGAUGGAGAGCAGCGUCGGCGAGGCGGAGGAGGCGUGGGCGCAGGACGACAGCUCCAGCCCCCCAUCCAACGAUUUUGCUGCGCUCACGGAUGAACAGGCCACAGACUUCCUGAUGCAGCGGCUGGCGGAGCAGCCAGGCGCCCGCAAGCUGUACAUGAACCUCGUGUCCAAGCUGAGCCGCGGAGCGCUGUGGAAGGUGUACGAGCAGAUGCUGCGCGCCGCGCCGGAGCUGACGGCCGCCGGCGACCGCCUGCGAUCCCUGGGCGGCGCCUUCAUCAAGCAGGCCAAGCGGCGCAUCAGCGAGGAGGAGCUCAGGCGCAAGGCGGCGGGGGUGGGCCCCGCGCCGCAGGCGCUGCGAGGCUACCAGCAGCGGGCUGUGACCCUGGCCGCCACGGGGCGCAACAUGAUCGUGGUGGGAGAUACCGGCUCAGGCAAGACGGUGAUCGCGGUGGCGCGGGCCGUGGACAUGACGCUGGCAGACCCAUCAGCACGCACCGUCUUCCUGGCGCCAACUGUGCAGCUGGUGCAGCAGCAGACGGCCGUCUUCCUGAGCUACCCCAGCUUCAGCAGCGGUGCGCUGCGAGCCACGGGGCGCACCAGCGACAACCCGGUGGCGCCGCGAGACUGGCAGCGCCUGCUGGAGGACAAUCACGUGGUGGUGAUGACCCCCCAGCUCUUCCUCAACAUGCUGAACGCCGGCGCAGCCCACUUCCACCAAAUCUCGCUGCUGGUGGUGGAUGAGUGCCACCACGCGCAGGCAGACCACCCUGUGAACAAGGUGAUGCGGCACAACCGCAGCUCGGCGCGUACCACGCAGGUGCUGGGCCUGACCGCUUCUCCCGCCAGCCGCGACUCGCUUGACGCCACCCUGCAAGCCCUGCAUCAGCUGGAGCUCAACCUGGAUGCCCAGCUGUACGUUGUGGACGAGUCAGAUGAGGAGCUGCGGGCGGCGGUGCCCGAGGUGCAGGGCGAGGAGGUGCUUGUUGACCUGGCCCCACUAGAUGACGGCCUGGGCCGCCGCCUGGGCGCGUUUGUGGUGACGGCGGUGCAGGAGCUCACAUUGGGGCUGGGGCUGUCGGGUGAGGAGGGAGAGCGGCCCGCGGCAGUCGUGGAGGAGGCAGCCGCUGCGCGGCACGACGCCACCUGCGCGCUGCUGCUGGUGCGCGCCGCGGUGGCGGCGCUGGCGCUGGCGGCGGACGUCGGGUUCGAGGCGGCGGUGCGCUACCUGUCGCAAGAGUACUACCGAGUGGCUGCCAUGCUGGUGGAGGCGAUGCGGCGGGGCGGCGGCAUGCCCCUGUCCACCGCCCUGUUGCAGCGCCUGGCCCAGGAGGUGGAGGCGGCGGAUGUGCUGACUGGAGCCUGCAGCGCCGGCCCCGGCCUGCUGUCGCGGCACCCCAAGUUUGAGGCCCUGCGGGACUUCCUGCUGGAGUACCGCGGCGCCGACACCUUCCACGGCAUCGUCUUCUGCCGCACGCGGGAGGCCGUGCGCUCGCUGGCCCGCCUCAUCUCCGACACCCCAGACCUUCAGUUUGUGGAGGCAAGCAGGGCCCUGCUGGUGUACCGCUUCAUGGGCCACGGCAACCGGCGGGGCGCGGGCAGCGGCGGCGGCGGCGGCGGCAUGACCUCCAAGGAGCAGCGGGCGGCCAUGGAGGCCUUCCGCCAGCCUGGCUGCCGCCUGCUGGUGUCCACGUCCGCAGGGGAGGAGGGCAUCGACGUGCCGCGCUGCGAGUUUGUGGUUCGCUACUCGGCCGCGCAGACAGGGCGGGAGCGGGUGCAGUCGGCGGGGCGGGCACGCAAGCUGGGCAGCCGGUUUGUGGAGAUUGUGGAGCGGAGCCCGCCCGAGCUGCAGGCAGCCGAGUUGCUAGCGACGAUUAGCUUGGCCGCCAUUGCGGCGGCAAUCGGCACGACUGUCGUGACCGGGGCGACUUUGCUGGUGUUUUCAUCAGUAUCGGGCGUGGCGUCCAGUGUGCAAUCCGUGGAGUCCCGUCUGGCCGUGGUGGAGCAGGGCCAGCGGCGCUUUGAGAGCGCCACUGGGGCGCAGCUGCAGCAGAUGGAGCAGGGCCAGCGGCGCUUUGAGAGCGCCACUGGGGCGCAGCUGCAGCAGAUGGAGAAGGGCCAGCUGCGCUUUGAGAGGGCCACUGGGGCGCAGCUGCAGCAGAUGGAGGAGGGCCAGCGGCGCUUUGAGAGCGCCACUGGGGCGAAGCUGCAGCAGAUGGAGCAGGACCAGCAGCGCUUUGACAGCGCCACUGAGGCGAAGCUGCAGGAGUUGGAGCAGAACCAGCGGCUGAUUGUCGUACUCAUCCUCCUUUCCUUCGUAGUGGCCUUGCUGAUGAACCUUCUGGGCUGA